UCUGUUAUGCGCCGCCGCCUGCCGUCGUCGGAGGCCUCGAAUGAGGAUGGAGCGGUGUUUGAGCAGAGGCGCCCAAAUAAGCAGCUCCUCGAAACAGGAGCAACUCCUCGAAGCAAUCCUUUCCGGGCUACAAUCAGAAACAUGCCCGCUUUCAAAUUCAGUCUCCGAGUUGCCAUCGGUACCCGCCAGUUUUAAGAGGAAGACGAUCAACAGGUCCAUCGACAUCAAGUUUCAGAGUGACCGCCAUCAGCAACUCAGGCGAUCUCGAGAUCUCUUCGCCGGCGACCGUCCAUCAAGGCCCUCAGCAGCUAUAACCGAUGGUCCCCUCUAGCCAAUCUGGUGUUUUACUUAUCCUGCAGAUAUUAUUUUUACCCCUGAAUCAGUUCUUCAUCUAAAUCCUCUUGCAGAUACAAGGUAGGAAUCGUUUAGAAACGAGUGGUCAAAAUUCAUUGCAUCGUGUGUGAGCGGAAAAUAGCAUAAUUGCAGUUUUGCGGUUGGAAAUCAGCAAAAAUUACAUAUUGUUUGGUAACAUGUACUCCGUAUAAACAUAGCACAUCCAGGAGACUGCAAGAAAUCAACUCUGAUUUUAUUCCAUGCUAAAUGCAGGCAGAGGAAGAAGAUCAACUGGACCGGCUCAGUAGUUUGCCUGAUGGCGUGUUGCUCGAUAUUGUAGGGCGACUUGACAUCGCAGAUGCUGCUAGAACCAGAAUCCUCGCCAGACGGUGGAAGGAGAUUCCUACUAUGCUCUCCAAAAUUUUAUUAACAGUUGGUCCCUUUGACGAUGUGCGCAAUAGAGGGUUGACCUCUGAUGAUGUAGCUCGGGCCAAUGCCACCGUGCUUGGAGCGAUCAGGAGCAUGCUGGAAAGCAGGACUACAAGUCUAUGCACCAUUAACCUCCUGUGUCUGCAAUUCUUCUUGGCCGAUGGAACUCUCAGUAUUGGAGAAGGUGUGGGAUCAUCGAUGUGAGAUGAUAGUGGACGGGGAGCAGAGGAGGCGGUAUGGGUUCAGCGAGGACAAGAAGGAUGCGCACGUGCUGUCGACAGCACCGGCAUCCGAUUUCAAGCACCGCAAUUUGUCCGUGCUCAGGGUCUUUGGGUUUCAGUGCGAGGACAAGAUUGUGAACUGCGUCGAAAGUGUCAUGAAAGCGUCGGCAGCCCUGGAGGACGUAUACAUGUAUGAGAAGCCAGUGUGCGAGUACUGUAAGCACACGGCACGGAAGGAUUGGGCAUGGGGAUCAGCUCGCGUGUAAGGAUUCAUUUGCCGGGUUCGUCGACGGCCUGAAGGUCUCCCAAAUUGCAUUGCUGACCUGUAUUUGCGUAUGCCAUGUUUUGGGCUGGUCAAGAGUAUACAUGCACCUGGACAGUUUGUGUUUGCUGUGUAGCUCCUAUGUAGGAGUAUAUGGUCAACAGGAACUGUAUUGCCAGUAGACUAGUGUAAUGUAUCUAUGGACCUUUGUUUGGUGAACCUACUUAUUUAGUUGCUACUGUCUGGCUAGUUGGAAUUCGCAAAAUGAUAUUGGUUUUGUGUGUCAUGUUUUAAUCGCCCCUUCUCAUAAAAUGAGUUCCUUGUUUCACAAAAUGAUUUAUGUUUUGUGUUAAUUAGUUCGUCUCAUGUACUGGUUUGGAAACUUGGAUGUUUUUAAGCUGACACUUUAACCUUGUGGCCAAAAGCAAAGCAAGAAAAAUCGCGGCAAAGCUGACUGCUCUCGUUUAGAUAUUUCCUAUUUCUCUUUUAAAGACUGGUCCACAACACAAGGUACUCCACAUGUCAUUUGAGAAAAUGGAAGAUGCAGGCCAGGGAAGGUCCGGCGAGGCGAAAGGGUCGGCGCGGAUAAGGUUUAGCGAGCCAGCGGGCGUGGAGAGGCAGGUGCGCAACACAAAUGGCAGCGGUGACAUGGAAAGGUGUCCGGGCGUGAAAGUUCAAGCGGUUUCAGCCCACCAAAAUUAUACCGAAAGUCGUCUUCGAGUAAACAUGAAAUGAAUUGGGGACAAUUAUAUGAUAUCCCAGAAAAGAAAAUUCAGGUUUCCGAGAGCCAUUGGACGGCUAGUUUUGCCUUGACUUUCCAUAAGUGGCAGUUUUUAUCCAGGAUAGAUAGCCAUUAGAGGUGCUCUUAUUAUGUUAACUGAGGAAACUGUAAACUGUUGAACCGAAGCAGAAACUG